AUGACUAUAUUUUCUUGUGCUGCAUUGUCGUUAACCAAUAGGAAACGAAACCAUUGGUUCCAUUGUUGCAUCUUGCUAACCCUAACAUCAACCACCUUCCUCCGUGAAACCCACCAUGCUGCGGCUGAUCACUCAAACGGCAGUUCCUUCGUCCAAACAAAAGGAACCAACUUCGUCAUCAACGGAAACCCAUUUUACUUAAACGGCUUCAAUGCUUAUUGGAUGAUGAUAUUUGCAUCAGACCCUUCAACAAGAGACAAGGUCACAAACACAUUCCGACAAGCCUCCAAGCACGGCAUGAACAUUGCAAGAACUUGGGCUUUUAACGAUGGUGAUUACAUGCCUCUUCAAACAUCUCCUGGUUCUUACAAUGAAGACGUGUUCAAGGGUCUGGAUUUUGUUGUAGCAGAAGCAAAGAAGUUUAAAAUUCACUUGAUUUUGAGUUUAGUGAAUAAUUUUAAAGAUUUUGGAGGAAAAGGAAAAUAUGUUCAAUGGGCAAAGCAACGAGGUCAGGACCUGGAAAAUGAAGAUGACUUUUAUACAAACUCACUUGUUAAAGAAUACUACAAGAAUCACGUUAAGGCAGUGUUGACGAGAAAUAACACAAUUACCGGAGUGUUAUAUAAAGAUGAUCCUACCAUUUUUGCUUGGGAGCUCAUCAAUGAACCUCAUUGCCCCACUGACCCUUCGGGGGCUCGUUUUCAGAACUGGUUAAAAGAAAUGGCUGCACAUGUUAAGUCCAUUGAUAAUCACCAUCUACUGGAAAUUGGACUUGAAGGAUUUUAUGGAGCAUCAAUGGCAGCCAAGAAACAGUACAAUCCAAAUAGUUCUCUCACAGGGACUGAUUUCAUUUCCAAUAACCAGAUCCCAGAGAUUGAUUUUGCUACCAUUCAUAUCUACCCUGAGCAAUGGUUACCAUCAACAAACUUAAGUGAUGAUGGCCAGCUUGCUUUUGUUGACAAAUGGAUCCAAGCCCAUAUUUUAGAUUCCAAUUCAGUACUGAAAAAACCACUUCUAAUAGGGGAGUUUGGCGAGUCUUCCAGUUUGCAAGGGUACAGCUUAGAGAAGAGAAACAACUAUUUCCGGCGAAUUUACACCGCCAUAUACGGCAGCGCUAUGGGUGGUGGAUCAUGUGCCGGUGGGCUGUUUUGGCAACUCUUGACCCUGGGAAUGGAUCAAGUCGGAGAUGGCUAUCACGUUGUUUUGGAGCAAAGCCCUUCAACUGCUAAAAUCAUAGCUCUACAGUCUUGCAAGCUAUAUCGUCUCUCACAACCAAAACGAUAGAACAAUUAUCAAAACUACGUGGAAGUUGUCCGAAGGUUAAAUUCUGUUAUUAGUCAUUAUAUUAUGUUUAAG